UCCUAGUGAGUAUGUGGGGGCCAGGGGGCCCAGGUAGCCCUGGGACCCCCAGCCAUGGGUGAGCGAACCUACCACAGAGGCCAAGCGUGCUCUGGCACCAACCCCAGAAAGUGCCAGGACCUAGGAGACUCAAUUCUUCUGAUCCUGGGCAGCUUCAUCUUGCUCAACGUGGGGAUCAAUGUGGUGACUCUGCUCUGGAAACACCUGAAGAACUCCUUGCGGAUUCUUUUCCGUCAUUUUUUCCCCAGAGACAAGCAAUCCAGCUAUGCAGGCAGCCAUCCCAUGUGCAUGCGUUGCUCCGUGGAUCCCAAGAACCCGUGCUCAAGAGUCCCGCCCCGCUUCCACUGCCGCCCAAGCUUCCUGCUCAGGCACCCUAACCACCUGGACUCCUGGAUACCAGACACGAACGAUGAGAAGGCUUCUAAGUGCUGCUGGAUGCCGCCUCAGUGUGGACAUGUCAGGGCUCCCGUGGAGGUGCCAUGGGGACUGCGGAAGGAGGGGCUAAUGGGAGCUGGGGAAGACCCUCAGAUGACAGCCUUAAAGGCCCAAGCCACCUUCUACUCUAAGCCGGAGACAUCUUCCAAGUUCCGUAGGAUGAGCAAGGUGGACAUGGUUCCGCUGCGCCUGCCCCAAGAGAGCAAAACUAAGACCCCAGACCAUGACCCAGCCCAGGCCCAGACCCACUCCCUGGUCCAGUCUCCUGGGCAUGCUCCUACCAAGGCCCAGACCUUCUCUCCAGCCCACCCCCCUGAGCCCACCCCAGCCCAGACUCAGACCCACACCCCCAUUUAUCCCCCUGAGCAUGCCCCACCUCAGGCCGAGACUGACUCCCUAGCCCUUGGCCCUGAGCACAACUCUGCCCAGGUCUGUGGUCCGGAGCACACCUCAGCCUAUACCCCGGACCUGGCCCCCUCACAGGGCCCAGCCCAGUGCGAGGGCCACACGCUUACCCACACUCUGACCCAUGCUCAUCUAACCUAUACCCAUGCCCAAACUCUGAUCCCUCCCCCAGCUUCUGCCCCAAUCCCUCCCCCAGCCCCUCCCCCAGCUUCUGUUCCAGUCCUUCCCCCAACUUCUGCCCCAGCCCCUCCCCCAGCUUCUGCUCCAGUCCCUCCCCCAGCUUCUGCCCCUGCUGCUACUUCUGCUCCAGCCCCUACACCAGCCCCUGUUCCCAUGUCUGCCACAACCGCUGUCCCUGCACUGGUCAUGGCCCUGCCGACCACUCCAGUCCCUUCCACACCCACUUCCUCCAUCCUAACUUCUAUUCCCUCUACUUUGUCUGCCUUCAGCCAAGGCCUCUCCACUGGCCAUGUGGUCUAUGAUGCCCGCAGGGUAAAGCAGAACUUAUUCCAUGUACGUGCCCCUCAGAACUCUGGGUAUUCCAGAAAGGACUUAGGUACACUCUCCAGGCUCCAAGAGGGGCAUGGCCUGGUGAGCUCUGGUGCAGCUGAGCAAACACUGAAGCAAAGUAGUGAGGACAGUGCCAAGCCCUUCACAGGAUCCAUAUUGGGUUACCUGGAGUUGGGGAACAUGGAAUGGAAGCUUUCAAAUGAUGUCAAGGAUGAAUCUGUGCAGCCCAAGACCUUCCCUUACUGCAGUUUCCACCCUUACAGCUCUGAGAAGCAAAACAUGGACUCCCAGACUCCAGUCUACCCCAAAUUCCUGGUGUACUCCAAAGAUGCUACCCCUUAUCAACCUUGCUUCCAUGUUCCAACCAGUACCCAGAACUCAAUGAGUACUGUGCCUCCACCCUGCACUCUUUCUCUGCCUCUCAUUUCUCCUAGAUCCUUUGUUGUUCAUCAACACAGCAACCACCAGAAGCCCUCCACCUUAGUACAGACCCCCAAAUUUCCCCCAACCUCCAAGUCUCCUCAGUCUGUCCUCUCUUCCCAGGGUCCCAUCCCUCCCCAGUUCUCCACUACUUCCCAAACCCAAAACCAGCUCCAGCCCCCUGAACUUCAUGAGAAUCUAGGCCUCAACCAAGACCAUGGUCUCCAGAAGACCCCAGGCCUUUCAGAAGACACUAGAGUUCCCAGAAAGCCAGAGUUUACCCCGAAUCCAAACCUCCACAUGAACCCAGGCUUUACUCAAAACCCAGGCUUCUACAAGAGCCCAGGCCUUGCUCAAAAUCCAGGCCUCCACAAGUGUCCAGUCUUUACCCAAGACUCAGGCCUCCACAAGAGCCCAGGCCUUGUUCAAAAUCCAGGCCUCCACAAGAGCCCUGGCUUUACCCAAGACCCAGGCCUCCACAAGAGCCCAGUCUUUGCCCAAGACCCAGGCCUCCACAAGAGCCCAGGCUUUACCCAAGACCCAGGCCUCCACAAGAGCCCAGGCUUUACCCAAGACCCAGGCCUCCACAAGAGCCCAGACCCAGGCCUCCACAAGAGCCCAGGCUUUACUCAAGACCCAGGCCUCCAUAAGAGCCCAGGCUUUACUCAAGACCCAGGCCUCCACAAGAGCCCUGGCCUUGCUCAAGACCCAGGCCUCCACAAGAGCCCAGGCUUUACCCAAGACCCUUAUCUCUGCAAGAAUCCAAGCCUUUCCCAAGAUUCUGACUUUCACAAGGAUUCAGUCAUUACACAAGAUUCUUGCUCCCGGAGUUUAAGUUCUACUCAAGAGGGAAGUUUCUUUAGAAGCCCAUAUCUCACCCAACCUUCUGGUCUCCACAAGAUCACACCAUUUCUUCAAACUUCUGACAUUCAGAGGAGCUCAGGCUUUAGGCAUGACUCUGGAGUCUGUAGAAAUCUAGAACAAAACUUCUAUAGAAGUCAAGAGCUCUCCCAAAAAACUGGUCUCCAUAGUAUCCCACACCCUUCUCAAGAUUCUGGAUGUUACAAGAGUAGAGGUAAUGCCCAAGAUCUAGGAGUGUCUAGGAGUCUAGGCUUUACCCAAGAUUCUGAACCACAGAAGAGUCCAUGCUUUGUCCAAGACUCUGGAGUCAAUAAGAACUCAGGCCUUACCCAGGAAUCUGGUCCCCAUGAGAACCCAGGCUUUGUGCAAACCCCUGGCCUCUAUAAGGACUCAGGAGACUACAACAAUCCAGGCCUUACUCAAGAUUCUGGAGUUUACAAGAGCCAAGACCUUACUCAAGAUUCUGACCUCCAUAAGAAUCUGGGCCUUACCCAUGUCACCGAAGUCAAAAGAUGUGAUGUUCCCCAAGAUGCUAAACUUCACAGGAGCCCAGAACAUUGCUACAACCCUAACCUCCACAAGUACCCAGGAGUUAUUCAACAUCCUGGCCCCCAGAAGGGUCCAGCCCUUACUCAAGACUCUGGCUUCUCCAAGACUCAGGACUUUAUCAAGGGAUCAGGCCUCCAAGAGGACUCACACUUUGUCCCCAAUCCUGUCCUCCACAAGAACCCUCUGGGAACUGACUGUGUCCAAGUUUGGGGCCCACUUCAGACCCCAAAGUCAUUUAUAUCUCAGAAGAUUCCUCAAAGGCAUGAUGCCGGGCAGCAUGUUCCAGGGACUUCUGUCCCACCUAGCCAGCCCUCCUCCCCCGCCAAGGCCCAGGAGGUCUACAAUAAUCGACAAACCUUCUCAGAGGUGCCUGUGCUGAUAGAGCUGCAACCACCCUCCCGGCGAGCAGGCAGCCAAGGCUGGGUGUACCGCCCCGUGGACACAGCUCCUGCAGCCUCCCAGAACUAUCGCCAGAUGUCUGUGCCUCCCCAAACCAACUGGAAGCCCCACUGCCCAGGGUCAGGCACCCGGGUAGGGCAUGUGGUCUUUGAUGCCCGCCAGAGACAGUUGGGAGCAGGCAGGGACAAGUGCGAAGCGUUGUCUCCCAGGCGCAUUCACCGAGAGAUAUCCAACAACUCACCAGAGAUGGCCAAGGCGUGGGGAUAUCAGUGUGUGAUGAGAAACUUAGAAAAAGAGGGGACCAAUGUGCAUAAAGAAUAAAAAG